AUGGCCGGUCUUUCUGCCGACUACGACUACCUCUUCAAGCUUUUGCUUAUCGGUGACUCUGGUGUCGGAAAGUCAUGUCUUCUCCUUCGAUUCGCCGACGACACUUAUACUGAGUCGUAUAUUUCCACCAUCGGCGUUGACUUCAAGAUCCGCACUAUCGAGCUCGAGGGCAAGACUGUCAAGCUUCAGAUCUGGGACACUGCCGGACAGGAACGUUUCCGAACCAUCACCUCGUCAUACUACCGCGGUGCACACGGUAUCAUUGUCGUCUACGACGUCACCGACAACGACACAUUCAGCAACGUCAAGCAGUGGCUCCAAGAAAUUGACCGAUACGCUUGCGAAGGAGUCAACAAGUUGCUUGUCGGUAACAAAUCCGAUUUGACCAACAAAAAGGUCGUCGAAUACGCCACCGCAAAGGAGUUUGCCGAUCAGCUUCAGAUUCCUUUCCUCGAAACUUCCGCCAAGUCGGCAACCAACGUCGAACAGGCUUUCUUGACCAUGGCAAAGCAGAUCAAGGAUCGUAUGGGUUCCAGCACGGUUAACAACCAAGCUGGUGGCAAGAGUACCUUGAAGGUUGGUGCAGGACAGAAUGUGUCUCAGCAGUCUAACGGUGGGUGCUGUUGA